CAUUUGUCCCAAAGAGGCAUCAGGAUGAAGACGCAGUCAACCAGCCUGCGAGUGAGAUUACCUGUGUUUUUGUUUGUCACACAGGUGAUUAUGGUCGCUUUGUAUGCUGCCUUUGUUACAUAUGAUGAGCACGCGGACGCCAGAUUUCAGACCAACAGGACUAACCCCAUGGACAACGCAGUGUACAGGGACUAUCCCGUUUUUACAGACGUACAGGUCAUGAUAUUCCUCGGCUUUGGGUGUUUGCUGGCUUUUUUCAGACUGUAUGGCUUUGGAGGGAUGGUGUUUAACUUCCUCACAGCUACUUUUGCAAUCCAGUGGGCCAUUCUGGUGCAGGGGUACUUCCAGUUCAGCCAUGAUGGUAAGAUCCACCUUGGGGUGAUCAACCUCAUCAAUGCAGAGUUCGCCUGUGCUGUGGUGCUGAUAUCUUUUGGGGCAGUGCUGGGGAAGACGAGCCCGCUGCAGCUGCUGGUCAUGGCUCUGCUGGAAGUGCCGGUGUUUGCAGUCACAGAAUGGGCCGUGCUCAAGUAUCUGAAGAUCAAUGACGCAGGAGGAUCCAUCCUGAUUCACCUGUUUGCCUGUUAUUUUGGCUUGGGCGUCACUUUUGUGCUGUACAGACCUCGCCUAAACGAAGGCCACGCGAAGGAGAGCACCAGCUACCAGUCUGACAUCCUGUCUGUGAUGGGGACCUUGUUCCUUUGGGUGUUUUGGCCCUCCUUCAACUCGGCAUUGACCCUGAAAGGAGACGACCAGCACAGAGCCAUCCUCCACACCUUCAUCAGCCUCAGUGCCUCAACGCUCACAGCCUUCGCUCUCUCUGCCCUGCUGAGCAAGAAAGGUAAGAUCACCAUGGCGGAUGUUCAGAACGUGACGCUGGCUGGAGGAGUGACAGUCGGGGCAUCUGUAGAUAUGAUGAUAACGCCUGCAGCUGCAUACGCUCUGGGGAUGAUGGGCGGCACUGCAUGCAUGCUCGGCUACAAAUACUUGAGCCCCCUCCUGGCACGGCGCCUCAGGAUCCAGGAUCAGUGUGGAAUACAUAAUUUGCACGGCCUAACAGGACUUAUAUCCUGUGCUGCAGGGAUAUGUGCUAUACUGAUGGCUACUGAAGAGAUGUACGGCCCCAGUUUGUAUGAGAUCUUUACCCACAGAGCACCAAUGGAGGGAGACCCUAAACUGCAAGAGCUCCAGAUGUUAAUCCCCGGUUUACAGCCGGGGUUGGGGAGGACUGCCCGGGAACAGGCUCUCUUCCAGGUCGCAGCUAUUUUCUCCACCAUCGGGGUAUCAGCUCUGGGAGGCAUCCUCACUGGCUUCGUCUUGAAGCUGCCGUACUUCGCAGCACCAUCUGAUGAUUUGUGUUUUGAUGACGAGCUGUUUUUCGAUGUUCCUCCAGACUAUGAUUCACCACUUAAACUCAAUAACACAAUUACAACUGAGGAUUCGGCUGCCUGAAAAGCAGCAGCCAAAUGUGGUCAACACAUUUGACUGCAGAAAAAAAUGUAAAUAAGCCUUUAUUUGUCUUUAUAAGUAGUGGAAUUUACCAUCACUCAACAGUGUGUUACAGUAACUUUAAUUAAAUGUUUUUACCCAUUACAUUGUAAAUAAGAUCAUUAAUAAUGAAAAACAAUACUUGUGCAGUGACACUGUCCAACACUGUCUAAUACAACCACUAAUGGUGUUAUUUAUUGUCUGACAUGCAAACGUGAAAGGAGACUGAGUGUUCUAGCUUUUUU